AUGUCUUCUUCAAAUAAUGUUACUGAAGGAUCACGAUUACUUCAAGAUAUUGCUGAUGAAGAGUCUUUUUCAACUAAUAAAGAAAAUAAUACUAAACCAUAUGGACUCAUCGCUUUAUUUAUAUUUAUUGUUGUAGUGAUACUUCUUGUUUCAUAUGUACCUCAAAGAUUAUGUAUGUAUAAUUAA